UUGGCUGCGUUGCAAGCCAGCGUCGCGACGCUGUUAGGGUUCUGAUUAACAUCGAGGAGGGGGAGGAAAUGCUCCCACGCCCAAAGGUUUUAAAUCGAGAUUUCGAGGCCAAUAUAUACUACUGGCUCCUUGAUGCUCUAGCAGUGGUAGACUCCGGUCUUGAUACCAAGCGCUUCACUUUUGUUCUAGAGGCUGGGCAGUACAGCGAUUACUGCUCUGAACUUUUCCAGAAGGUCAUCCAGACAGAGAUUUCCAAGUCAAAGGCUUGGAAGAUCUGCCUGGAAACCGGACUUUUAGCAUUUCUAGGGCCAACCAGAAUGGACGAAAACACGGCCAGAUAUGCAAAGGAUCCGAGGUUCGAGAAGCUUAUUGAGCUCCUAGGCAAUCAGACAUCGAGUUUCCGCUGCGACUUCAAUCCAGGCGUGCCGCUGGAUGCAGACACCUUGGUCGAGGAUGCCAAAGUACGUCAUGGGGAAGAUAUUUCCGACAAGUGGGUCAGCGACUGGCGUCAUGACUUUGUUCCUAUGCCAUAUGAUCUGUAUCAUAAUAUGAUGGUGGCUCCCAAUUACGAGUUUCAGACCCGAGAGGAGUACAUUGAGUCACGAGGAAGGAGUAUGAAGAAGGAAGACUCAUAGAGGGCCUGCAAAGAUAGAACAGGAUAUAAAAGUGGUUUGAAAUAAAUGAAUCUAGGUAUAUGGAGCCUUGGGGAUAAUAUAAAAU